UUCAACCGAACCGAACGCCUAUUUUGGUGGAAUGGGAAUCGCUCCACUUCGGUUCAAUGCGAUAUUUUGCUUGGGUUUAAACACGAUAGAAAUUAGGUUUUAAACUCUAUUUUCGUUCACCCAAAACAGAGAACCAACGAGAGAGAGAGAGAGAGCACGUAUACGGCGUAUACGGUACCGAAAAUUUUCGUUUCUUCAAGCGGAGUGAAACCUGGGUGAACGUGGGGGUUUGGGAUCACUUAUAUACGACCUAAGGAAGCUUUUUAACGUGGUAUAAGGGGCGGAAGUCGUCGUUUUAAGAUUCGCCAUUUUUGAAGCUUCAAAGGUGCGGCUUAGUUACGGACUCGAAUUCGAACGUGUUUAAGCUUGUUCUUGGGUCAAGGGAGGUUAUAUUUGAGUGCAUGGGACCCUAAGGAUUGUUUUUGACGUAAGAAAACGAAGCUUUAACGUCCAAAACGAAAAUCCAAAAUUUUGACUCCAUUAAAGGCGGUACACCGCCAACGAAGAAGACAACCCCGAUCUGCCUUCUCGGACCACUUUUCUUGAUCGUUUUGAGGUCCUGAGCAUUGUGGAGAGCUUCCCAAUUCGAAAGGACGCUUCAAGAGCCAUCGGAGACAAAGUUACACUUUACCGGCGACGAAACCGACGAGAACUCCGGCGACACUCCGUUCAGGGGUUUCUGGAGGUUAUUUUUCGAUUUUCUUUCAGUUCUUGACUUGUGCUAGGUGUUCUUAGGCCUACUAUGAAGUUUGAUAAUUUUCUUGCAAUUAUUUGAUUUAUUAUGAAUUAUUUGGUUUAUUUGUUAAAUUAAUUAUGAAAAAUACUUAGAUUACUCAGAAAAAUCUAAAUAUAUUUUAUAUGAUUAGUUAUGAGAUAUAAACUAUUGCAAAAUUGGUAGAUUCGAAUUUCGGUUAAUUUUGUAUUUUUCAUGAAUUAUUUGUGUUAUUUAUUAAAUUAAUUAUGAAAAAUACUUAGGGUGCUCAGAAAAAUCUAGAUUUAUUUUAUAUGAUGGACUAUGAUAUAUAAACGGUUAUAAAAUUGGUAGAUUGAAUUUUCAGGCGAUUAUGUAUUUUUCAUGAAUUAUUGAUGUUAUUUCUUAUUUUAAUUAUGAAAAAUACCUAGGUUGCUUAGAAAAUUCAAAGAAAAUUAAUUAUGACUUAUUACAGAUUAUAAAGUGUAUUAGAAGAGUUAGAUUCGGUUUUUAAUUAAUUUUGGUAUUUUUCAUGAAUUUACUUAAUUAAUGCUUAAGUUAAUUAUGAAAAAUAGAUAAGUGUAGUUAAAAUAGUAAAAUGUAUUUUUGAAAUACCAUUUACUGUCUAUGAUAUCAAAAGGAAUAUGUUUUAUUAUUUAUUGGUUGCUGUAGGUAUUUAUUAUAAUUAUUGGUGAUUAAUUAACUAUUUAUUUGGACUUUAAUAAGAAUAAAUAGUAUUUUAGUAAAUUUUACGUAAAAAUGUGUUGUAUGAAUUCAUGUUUUACGUUAAGAAUGUUUGUUUGAGUCCAUGUAAUAUGUUUGUGUGAAUCAAAAUAAUAAAUGCUUAUGUAUGGUGUGUCAUGCAAGUAAAAUGGACCUAUGUGUUACGUAUUUUUACGUAAGUUUCUGUAUGAGUUUAGAGAUUCAUACUUGAAUGUAUUUUGAGUGUAUUGCUGUGUUAAUGAAUGUCUAGGAUCUUGUUCUCAACAAGGAAAUUCGUUGAGGUGCUCGAGGUAGCAAGUGUGGUCUUAGCAACUGAGGUAAGGGUAAGGCUAAGCAGUGAGAAUGAAGAGCUCGAGGCGUGGACCGCAUGUUAGGGGGCUGGCACAGUAUUUUGCUUUUAAUGUUUUUAACUGCUAAACAUUUUCGAACUAUUAUUUUGACUUAACUAGUUCUUAUUUAAGUUUACAGUACUAAAAGUAUUUUGUUUUAAACAAUGAGAUCUCAUGCUUGGAUAUUUUUCAAUAAAGCAGUAUUUGAUUGUCUUUAUCUUAUUAAAUUGUUUUAUACGGACUAUCCUAUGUGACAUCUCGGGAAAUCGGGGUGUUACAAUAUGGUACCAGAGCAAUACGGUCCUAAAGAAUGUGGUUAGCCCUAACAUGUAAAGUUCACCGCCAUGAGACGAGCUCGACUCACUGUACUGUAAGUGGUUAUUACUUAUAAUUAAGUUGCCUUAAAUUUCUGCAUGCGAGAGGGUAACAUUAUUUUCAUGUAAAAUUGAUGAUCAAAAUGAUCUUGAUGUGUAUUGGUUUGUGUGGUUCAGGAGUUUAGAAAUGCCUCCUAGAAGGUCAGUUAGAGUGGGUCGAGGUCGAGGUCGAGGUCGAGGCCAAGGCCAAGGCCGAGAUGAUGGAGGGAUCAAUGAACCACCUCAAGCACCACAGGGAUGGGAAGAGCGCAUUGCCGCACUGGAAGGAAUCAUUCAUAGGCAGGACGAAGAACUUCGUCAGCUGAGACGUCAACCGGAGCCGCCAGUCCAAAUAAGGCAAGAUGCAGAAAAUAGAGACCCACCAGCUGCAGUGGUAUAUCCUGCUACAGAGGCUAGACAUGAGUUGUUAGCAGAGAGAUUUCGAAAACAACACCCACCUGAGUUUGAGGGAGGCAUAGACCCGGUAGUGGCUGAGGAGUGGAUAAGUCGCAUAGAAAGCAUUUUGCAGAUGCUAAGGGUGGAUGGGAAUGACCGAGUGAAGUGUGCAUCUUACAUGCUGAGGAAAGAUGCUCGUAUCUGGUGGGAGGUGGUGGAACAAACAAAGGAUGUAGAUACCAUGAACUGGGACGAUUUCAAAAGGGUCUUUAAUGAGAAAUUGGCGAAAUUUGCUCCAGAUCUGGUACCUACUGAUAGAGUGCGAGCACAUCGAUUUGUGGAGGGCCUGAAACCAAUGGUUGCUCGAGAUGUGGAAAUUGUGUCAAGGGGUCAAUUCAGUUAUGCUCAAGUUGUCGAAAUGGCUCUUACGGCGGAGCGGAGUGAAAACAAAAUUUGGAAGGAAAAUGCUGCCAGGAGAGAAUCUAAGAAAGGUGGAGCCAAUUCUAAUGACCACACGAAACGGUGA